AUGGAACCAAAGCAGAAGAAGAGAAAAUUAGAGAGAUAUAGAAGGAGGAUUGGAAUGCUACAAGCUUUCUCUAAUGUAUCUAACAAGAUUUGGGUAUUUGUUGAUGAUGAUCAUGGUAUAGAUAUAAUAUAUGAUCUGGAGCAGCAGCUUACUUUGAAAUUCACAAAUCUGGACACUCAAGUUUCAUUUAUUGUCACAUUUGUGUAUGCAAAAUGUGAUUCCAUUGAGAGGAUAGAACUGUGGGAUAGUUUGUAUAAUUUGGCUAGAGAUAUGACUUUACCAUGGCAUUGUAUCACCACCUGUAAUCUCAGUGAUCUUGGAUUUCAAGGCAGUAUAUACUCAUGGUGGAAUGGGAGAGGAGGAAAAGACUGUAUCUUCAAGCGACUUGAUAGAUGCUUGGGGAAUCCUGAAUUCCAGCAGUUGUGUCCUAAUACAGUGAUAACACACUUAUCAAAAAUAGGGUAUGACCAUAGCCCUAUGUUGAUAACAUGUAAUGCAGAUGAGUUGCCAAUUAAAAAAGCUUUCAAAUUUCUUAAUUUCUGGACAAAACAUGAUUCAUUUAUCGAUGUAGUUAGGGAGAACUGGAAGACUGAUUUCAUGGGAGAUCCUUUCUUCAUGUUCAAUCAGAAAUUAAAGAGAUUGAAGAAGGCUUUGACAGCAUGGAGUAGGGCCACAUAUGGAGAUAUCUUCAAAAAAAUUGCAAGCUUGGAAGAGGUGGUAUUGGCUCAUGAAGCAGAAUUUGAAAAGAAUCCUACUUUUCAAAAUAGAGUAAGAUUACAGAAGGUCCAAGCUGAAUUGAUAAGAUACUUAGCACUAGAAGAAGAAUUUUGGAAGCAAAAAGCUGGCAUGAAUUGGUUCCAAGAUGGAGAUAGAAAUACUAAAUUUUUCCAUGCUCAGGUGAAUGGUAGAAGGAAAAGGCUACAAUUGAGAAGGGUGCAGAAUAAUGCUGGGAUUUGGCUAGAAAAUACUGCAGACAUGGCAGAUGAGGCAAAUGCUGAACUGGUAAAAUUGCCUACUAGAGAGGAGAUAAAAUAUGUUGUGUUUGGUCUAAAUGGGGAGAGUGCAGGAGGUCCAGAUGGUUUUUCAAGAUUCUUCUUUCAAACAUGUUGGGAAAUAAUUGGUGAUGAUGUGGUAAACAUGGUGAAGGCCUUCUUCUGUGGUCAUGAACUACCCAGAGUAAUCCAUGAAAGACUAGUAGGAAUGUUACCUAAUCUAAUCUCAGAAGAACAGGCAGGAUUUGUUAAAGGAAGGAGCAUAGUAGAAAAUAUAAUGCUUACACAGGAGAUAAUCACUGACAUUCGAUUAAGAACUAAAGCUGGUCCAAAUGUGGUUAUAAAAUUAGACAUGACUAAGGCCUAUGAUCGACUGUCUUGGCUAUUUUUGACAAAGGUUUUAAGGAAGAUGGGAUUUGGAGAAAGAUCGACAAGAGGAGUGAAACAAGGUGACCCUUUGUCACCUACUUUGUUCAUCCUGGCAGCUGAAGCAAUGUCAAGAGGAUUGAAUGCUCUACACAGGAAUAAACAAUUUUGUGGAUUUGGAAUGCCUAAGUGGAGUCCCAAAAUAAAUCAUCUUGCUUAUGCAGAUGAUACAAUUAUUUUCUCCUCUUCUGAUAACACCUCAUUGAAGCUCAUAAUGGAUGUUUUAGCAGCUUAUGAAAUAGCAUCUGGCCAGCUUAUAAACAAAAUCAAAUCAGUUGUGUACCUACAUCAUUCUGCCAGCAAUGAAGUAGUUGACAAGAAUUGGAAGGGGAAGUUAUUAUCUAUUGGAGGCAGAGCUGUUCUUAUUUCACAUAUCCUACAGAGCAUGCCUAUACAUUUACUCUCAGCAGUUAAUCCACCUGCAUAUGUAAUUAAUAAACUACACAAAAUAUUUGCUCAAUUUUUCUGGUGUAGUUCAGUUGGAGUUGCAAACAGGCAUUGGGCAUCCUGGGGUACUCUAUGCUUACCAUGUGAAGAAGGAGGAGUAGGUUUCAGGUCACUACAUGAUAUGGCAACAGCUUUGUGUUGUAAGCUGUGGUGGAAUUUCAGGACAAAGCCAACACUGUGGAGUGCAUUUAUGAGUCAGAAGUAUAGCAAGAAAAUCAAUCCAAUGGUGGUUCCUUGGAGUGAUGGCUCUCAUGUUUGGAGAAAAAUGCUAGAGUGUAGGGAUAUCAUUGAACAUAAAAUAUUAUGGCAACCUAGAAUGGGAUCUGCACUCUUUUGGUAUGAAAAUUGGACAGGGCUUGGUUCUUUGUAUUUUGUAACACCACCAGAUUUUGUGUGUGAUGAAACUGUCCAUAAUAUAUAUGAUGUGGUUCAAAAUGGACAGUGGGAUGAGGAAAGGAUAAAGGAGAUUCUACCUGAAGACAUUGCUGCACAUAUUUUGGAUAAUAUUCAACCACCUGUGGAAUGUGAAAAGAUAGAUAAUCAUGUGUGGAUGCUGGAAACUAGAGGUGAGUUCUCUGUAAAAUCAGCAUGGGACUAUCUAAGAAGGAGGCAAAAUCCUAGUAAUGCUUACAGGAACAUUUGGGUAAAAGGAUUGCCUUUCAAAAUUGCCUUCUUCAUGUGGAAGGUCUGGAGGAACAAGUUACCACUUGAUGAUUUUUUCAGGAAGUUGGGAUAUUUAAUGGCUUCAAAAUGCUGGUGCUGUACAGAGCCAAAGGAGGAGACCAUGCAACAUCUAUUUUUCACUUCUUAUGCAGCUAAUAAAGUGUGGAGAUACUACCUUGGUCAUGCAGGUAUUAGUAUGGAAGGGAUCACAUUACAUCAAGCUAUUAUCAAGUGCUGGACUGCAGAAGUUAUACCUAGGCUAAAACCUAUUAUGCAAGCCCUACCAUCAGUGAUUCUUUGGGAAUUGUGGAAGAGGAGAAAUAGUUAUAAGUAUGGAUAUUCAGUCACAAUUAAUAGGGUGGUGUAUCAGAUUUCAACCACUAUGCAGUCCCUUAUAAAAUUAAGAAAACCAGCAAUGCAGAAUGUACCAAAUAGAUGGCCAGAUAUGCUUAAAAUGAUGGAGCAAUAUACACCUAUAUUGAAAUACUCAAAGGUGUUAUGGGAGCUGCCACAACAAGGAUGGAUCAAAGUUAACACAGAUGGAGCAUCUAGGGGUAAUCCAGGCAGAAGUUCGAUUGGUUUUGCAUUGAGGAAUGAAGAAGGAGAUCUGGUGUAUGCAUGUGGGAAAGAGGUAAAUGAAGGCUCCAAUACAUCUGCUGAAGCUAUGGCAAUAUAUGAGGCACUAAAGUUCUGCAUUGACAAUGAUUAUGUCCUAAUUGAGCUGCACACUGAUUCUAUGAUGUUGAAAAAUGUUAUAACUGGUACAUGGGCUAUGUUGUUGUUCUAUGGUGUACUGGAGAUCUAUUUGGUGGUAUUAAUGCUCAGCAUUCAUUCCAAUGGAUUAAAAUUACAUCUAGACAAUAGCACAGUCACAAAGAAUCUCAAAAGGCAGGGAAUUCAGCAACAGCAAUAG